GUGCAAUCUAUUUCUAAUGCAUUAGGUCCUGAGUUGUUGAAACUGCUUAAACUAAGCAUUUCAUGACCCCUGACAUCUAUCCUCGUCUAAAACUUAUUUGCGAAUAUAAUCUUGAUGUCUAUCACACCCAUGAAUUUUGUAUGUUUAAUGUUAUGCCGUACUGCAACGAGUCAUCCAAACACUAAUACUUUGGAUGAAGUGUACAUACACCCCCACCCUCCUUUCAAGAAAAAACUUCCUCCCCUCCCCGUUGCUGUGACAACCAGUUGACGCGCAGAACCGUGCUGUGUGAGUAAUCAGACGCUCGGAAUGAAACUGCGAUGGGCGCUGUUUAACCCGGGAAAGCCUCGACCCGACAACGUCACCUGAAAAGGCUCCUAUUACAGCCAGUAAGAUGUUAGAACGAUGAUGCCGGAGCGCAGGUGGGAACUUCAAUGAUUCUGCAGACGGAGAGGCAAGGAACAAACGGAGUGACAGUACUGUGUCACUGCCACUUUUUCGAAAUGGUCGCGUUUACCUGCGGGGAUGCUGCUACAGAGACGGGAACAUCUGUCACUUUUAAAAGGAAGAGAGAGGAUUGCGUCUCUCCGGGAAAAGACGACGUAACUCCGGAUGACAGACAUGUCACCAUUGUAAUGAACAGUAAAAUAAUUUGCGCCCCAGUGAAAAGGCCUCGUUGUCUUCGAUACCGUAAGCAGAAGAUCGAGUGCAGGUUAAGCGAUUCUGGUUUUGAGGAAGAAUUGCUAACUCCCUCUCCCAGUUUAUCUCCGGACUUCACACCCAGUAGCAAUCCGACAGCAGACGCACAAACUCCAUGCAGGCUACUGUCAGACUGGCAGACUUUCAGGGAUUAUGGAGAAUGCUGCUAUAACAUUCAAAAACUCAACGAGGAGAAGUUUCUCCCCGUAAACUGCUUGGCUCGACAACCUCAGGUCACGGCAGAGGCGCGCUGUAGACUGGUGAGCUGGCUCAUCCCAGUCCACAGACAUUUCAAACUGUCCUUCGAGUCCUGCUGUCUCGCCGUUAACAUCAUGGACCGCUUUCUGUCCACCACGCCGGUCGCAUCGGACUGUUUUCAACUGCUGGGGGUUACGUCGCUCCUGAUCGCCAGUAAACAGGUGGAGGUGUUCUCCCCCCGGAUCUCCCAGCUGCUGGCCCUGUGCUGCGAUGCCUUCACCAAGGAUCAGCUGUGCAACCUGGAGCGCAUCGUCCUAACCCGGCUGAGCUUCCGCCUGGCCGCGCCCACCCUGGCCUUCUUCCUCCAUCACUUCGGCCAGCGCAGACUGGCGCGGGAGCGGGAGGGCCCUGGGGGGCGGAGCCACGAGGGGCGGGGCCCCGGGGGGCGGGGCCACAGCCACACGGCCGGCUGCUGGAGCCUGGCGCGGAGGAUCUGCGAGCUCAGCCUGGCGGACUACGCCUUCAACCGCUACCGCCCGUCGGUGCUGGCGACGUGCGCGGCCAGGCUGGCAGAGCGACUGCUAGGCGUGGCCCCCGCGGGCGAGGCCGACGCGGGCAAGCCCGGGGGGGACGAGGAAGAGGAGGAGGAGGAGGAGGAGGAGGAGGAAGAGGAGGAAAAGGGACGUUGCGCUCGCAAUCUCAGGCUGCUGGUCUCCCUGAACCAGGAGGCUCUGCGCACCAUGGCGGAAAUGUGAACUCUGCAUCGCCCCCCACAGGACAAACAUUUCUACAGCAGCUCGGAUCUGUAAGGCCGUGUGUACGUGUGUGUGCACAGGGGCACUGUAUGGGGCUGGGGGGUGGGAGGGUUAGGAUGACUCCAAGGGCCCUGACUGACAGGGACCCACAAAAAUAUUAGAACAUGGGAUUUUCUGGGGUGGCCUGGAGUGACGGGGCCCAAUGUGACAUCUUUUCACGGGGCCAAAAACCCCCAUUGGCGCCUCUGUGUGCACAUGCAUGAAUGACAUGUGUAUGUGCAUGCAAGUAAGACUGCACCUCUCUGUUGUACUGUACCAAUAAUGCACUGUCCUCACAAGUAUUAAUGAUAGAAAGUUGUCUUAUUUAUUGUGUCACGUAGGUGAUUAUGUGAGAGAAUGGAUGUCUGUAGCAACGCUUAUUUGUGUCUCACUAGACUGACUGGAAUCCCAGCUGCUUUGCAUUUCUCCCUGUUACACUCAAUGUAGACUGACUGUAGUGAGCAAUGACUGAUUGUAAUAAACUGUAAAUAUGUAUUCAAUGUGCGGACGGUGAUAAGUGAUACUGAAUGUAUACUCUGGUUCACUCUCUGUUUUCAGCAG